AUGCAUUUUGGCUUGGUUGUUCUGCUGCAGCAUCGCGUUAAUGCCAGAGCCUCACCGAACCCAAUCCCAGCGAUCGUCACCAAUCCCGUAAGGAACCAAACCUCGUCGCUGAUCCUUCCAGGGCUGAGACUGAGACUGAGACUGAGACAGCCACCAACCCAAUCAAUCAACAAGUUCCAACCUAGGACUCUAUCUUAUGUUGGUCUUUUUAUGGAUAUGGAUAUGGGGUAUGGAGACCUGCGUGUGGUGGUGUCUCAGUUACCUGUUCAGCCAAGUAAACAGUCUUACCAGUAUUGUCCACUAGUAGUUACCCAGGGGCAGGACUCAAGAACAAGAAGAGAAGGAGAAGAGAAGAAGAAGAAGGGGAGAUCCACCGUGGGUUCGGGACGCGUUCUAUUUCCUUCCCCACUGAUCAAUCUCCUGUGGUUUGUUUCGGUCACUGGGUCUGCACUUUUGAGGCUUGACUCUGGGUUUGGGGGUGCUUGUUUGGGGGUAUCCUAUAGUAUAUGGGCGUGCUAUUUGCUAUAG